AAGCAUCAGUGAUCCAGUGCGACUGAAUAUGGUAGCCUGUUAAGCAAAAAAUCUAUUUCAUUCAGGCGUGAAAGUAAUGGAAUAAGAAGGAAUAUGACCAAAUUUAUCUCAGAGUUGUCAAUAGGUACUUUUUAGCCGUAGUUAACCACAGUUAUAAAAAUGACUGUUGAUGUGACAUCCAGGUUGCAUGAGCAGUCUGAACUCAUAAUGACUCUAAAAUCAAGAGCUGACUCCGAGAUGGAACGUCGCAAGCAAGCUGAAUGUAAAUUAUUAAACGAACUGAACAAAAAUCACGAUCUUCAGCAGCAGCUUUUGGAAUACCAACAGAGAGUUUCCGAUGCUGAAGUCAAUAACCGCGUGUUGCGAUCUACAUUAAAUGAUUUAAGUUAUGAACUUCUAAGCAAAACGCUAGGUAAGAAUUCAAACACUGAAUCAACGAGAAGAGAUACAUCUGUUCAAACUGGGAACGAAUUUUGUCAAAGUAAAGUGGUUUCAGUUGAGGCUUCAGAUACAAAAUGUUGUAAACAAUAUUUGUGGAAGUUCAGGGAGUUAAAAAAAGAUAAUAAUAAACUUUUACAACGAACAAACGAGAUGAGAUCAAUAUAUACACAAAAUCUCAAAACAAUUCAAAAUCACUUGAAUUGCUUGACAGACUUAAUAUUGACAGUUUGUAGUUCAUAUUUAAAAGUAAAUCAAGCCUAUCAUAAUGAUGAUGUCAAGUGGAGAAAUGAAAUACAAAACUUAUCCUUACAUCUAGAGAAUGAAAAGCAUUUAACUGAAUUUUUCAGAGGCAAAAAUCACAAUCUUUAUGAGGAGUUAUAAUUUGCUUGUCGCAACAAAUGUCAUCCAGAAGCAUUUUGACAUAAAUUAUCCUCAAGUGAUAUUAUUUUUUGAAAAUAUGGUUUGUGGUGAUUUAUUCCAUGAAUCUAUUACAAAUUCACACGUGUUUAUGAAAAUAUUACCAUCAAAUUUCCGAAUACCAUCUCAUCUGGUUCAGUAAAAGAAAAUGAAUGUUAAUUAAAAGCUUUAUAUUUGGCUGAUUAACUCAAGACGUCAAGUAAACUUAAACAACUAUUUUCAUGUUAUCUUCUGUGUACUACAAAGUUUUCAGCAUGGUUUCCAUGUAUAUCUUUGAGUAUAACUGAAACCAUAGGGCUCCUUACCAAUAAACCUAACCUCCAACUUGACUUUAUACAGAACAAAUUAACUCUUGAUUGACUGGUUUCUGCUAUAACUUGUGGCCUUUGUGCCCUGUUAAUGUAUAACGUGAUGAUACUGCCAAUUAGAGAACAAUGAUUUAUCGAUCAGACCAAUGACGCACAAAACCCGUACGAGCAGCCUAGAGUACUUGUGGUUCGGCUUCUUGCCUAACCCAGCCUGUUAAGUCCAGAACACCAAUAUCAGCCUCUGCGAUAUGAAUCAUUUAUUUCAAAUAUACUGGGUUUAUAUACAAACCAGACAUACCACAUCGUAUCAUAAAAUAGAAAAUAAAAUUUGUACAUGAUUUAGCCAAAAGCGGCUGUAUAUGUGGGAUGUAGCAAUCGAUAGACAGGGCAUAACUCAAGGAUAGUAAAUCGUAUAAUAACAGUUCAUAGGUCAAAAUAAAGCUUAUGAUAAGAGGAACACAAAUAUGAAUAGUUUAGUCAUUUAACAAUUAUUCAAUAUAAAUAUACGCGUAGUACUGGUUCAUAAAUGGGUGCUCACAUUUAACAUUCAUUAUUCUUAUCGGGAUCUAGAAAUUUCAUUUCUUGUUGAGAAGUUUAGAAUAAUAACAGUAAAAUGUAAUAUUCAUUCAACAGUUUCUAUCACAGAGACUAAAAGUCCAUGGUUUUUUCUCGGUGUUACUAUAAAUGGACAUAACGAAAAUGUUUUGAAUUAAGAAUGAUGAAUAUCUCUCAAGUAUCGAAGGAUCUACACAUAUAAUUCAGAUAACGUUCAGUAAUAAUGGAACUUACAUUCAAACUAAAAAGAAAUCAGAACGUUUGAUCAACAAAUUUAAAUAAAAAACAACCAAUUUUCGUGGUAAUUAAUUCGGUAAUUCUAAGUUAAUUAUCUUUUCUUUCAGGAAAUACGUAUUAAACUAAAUAUCAUGGAAGCAGAGAAGAAAAAAAUAGAAAGUACCAUAAAUAAGUUAAAAGAACAAAGAGAAAAUGAAAUGGAAGAAUUUAACGCUAAUAAACAAAUAAAGCGUUUAAAGGAAGAACUUGACAUUUCUAAACUUCAAACGGAACAAAUAAGACAAGAUUUUGAAGCCUAUAAAAUUUAUACAAAAGAACUAUUGGAUAAUGAGAAAAGGUUAAACAAGGAACUUCGAAAGUCUUACCAUUGAAAGUGUCAGAAAUGAUGGUAGGAAAUUAUAAUUUAUCUUUGAAAAAUAUUAUUUCUCCAAACAGAUUACAGUAACAUAUUCAUAUCAUUUCUAAUAAAUCAAUAAAUCAAAUUGAUUUCGUUUUAUUUAUUUUGUAGCAGACAAAAUGUAAACAAUUCCAUAAAACAUUCCAAUCAAAUUUAGAAGUGGUAUCAUUUAAAAAAUAAGGUAUAAAAAUAUGGUUUCUCAAUAAAUUUUGGUCCAUUUUAAUGUCGGAUAGCAGGAUAAUAUGUUUACAAGACUUUCUACCAUAUGGCACUUUUCUUAGUGAUUUAAAACAUGUGUCUUGAUUAAGUGUGCAUAAAGCUAUAUUCAGUCAGUCAGUCAGUCAGCAGCAAUGUAGAACCUCGUACCUAAGUACAUCAGUUCAAGUUUCCAUACUACAUUAACUCAGAGAUACAAUUGCCGAUUCAAAUCCCAUUGUGGUAGAGGUGGUAAAGUACAAGCAGUAAUCGGAAACAUUAGGGUUUGAAGAUGUUAUUCAAGGAGUAUAAUACAGUGAAAUAAAUUUGGAAGAAGAAAAAUAGUACAUGAAGAAUUAAGAAGAUUAGAAUUUGGGAGAACACAAAGAGUGGAUGCACCUGC